AUGGCGCUACAUCAUCAUCAGCGCGAGCUGCAUACCCCCCGGAUCGACGUGACCCUUACGACCGAACGUCUAAGCAUGCUACGCCGCCAGUUUACAGAAGGUCUAUCCCUCCACCGCGGUCGGGAACCCAGUCACAUCCGCCGGGGAUACCCCCGAGCCGAGAGUGGAAACAUGUCCUUCGUGAUGCUCACAGAGUCUCAAUUUGUUCCUCCGGCCGUGGAAAGCUCCAACCUACCCAGUUCUCGGCGAAAAAGCACACCGGGCCAGGAUACCACUCAGGAGGAUGGAUCUUUUGCUCAACAGAUCGAGAAAUCGGCUCAAUUAUUCGAGAUCGUGUCAUCGCGGUCAGACAUCGACCAUCCUAUUUGUGUAGAUUGUACCGAGCUGUUGGUGGAUGGGUUGCAGAAGCGGCUUGCUGGAUCGACGAAGGAAAGGGAUGCAUAUAUCUCUUUUCUGAGAGAUUUGAAUGCCUCCAUUCCAACCUCUGAAGAGCUUGAGGCGGCCGAACAAUCCCUCCAAGAGAGUCUCAAAGGGGAGGAGACAAUGUAUGCUGAACUUGAAAAAUUGGAGAAAGAAAAGGCCGCUCUCGACGAGGAAGUCGCUGUGUUGGAGGAAGAAUCCCAACGGCUAGAUGCGAAUGAGGAGGCGUUCUGGCGGGCCCGGAACGGUUUUGCCUUGACACUGGCAGAAUUUCAAACUGAGCGGGAUGCGUUGAACAUGCGUUACGACCACGACUCGCUGCAGCUGGAGCGGCUGCAACGAACCAAUGUCUACAAUGACGCGUUUUGCAUUGGUCAUGAUGGAUAUUUUGGUACAAUCAACGGGCUACGUCUGGGUCGGUUGGCCAACCCUUCGGUCGAGUGGCCGGAGAUCAAUGCUGCCUGGGGACAAACCUGUCUGCUUCUGGCUACGAUUGCAGAGCGUCUGGGCUUCCAAUUUCAGGGAUACCGAUUGCGGCCUCUUGGUUCUACCUCACGGGUCGAUAAGAUUGAGUAUCCGCCGCAGGCUGCCGGGACAGCUGUCACGGAACGUGGCGCGUCCAGAGUCACCCAGCUGGAUCUCUUUUCGUCGGGGGAUCUCCCGCUCAAUCUCCCCUGGCUGCACCGUCGGUUUGAUGCUGGCAUGGUGGCGUUCCUGGACUGCCUGCGCCAGCUCGGACAGUUCGUUGAGUCCACCCCAGCCCCGGUGGCAUCGCCCCGUCGCGGUCAGACUAGCGCCACCGCACCAGGGCUAAGACUACCCUAUGAGAUUAAUCGGGAUCGGAUCGGGGAUGCCAGUAUCAAGCUUGGCUUUAACCAGAAUGAUGAAACAUGGACCCGUGCGUGCAAGUAUACCCUAACAUGCUGCAAGUUUCUGCUUGCGCACGCGAGUAAUGUUGCGGGUGCAGGCUCGAGCAACUCAGCUGCUGUCGCCGCCGCCGUCGCUGCUGCUGAGCAGACCCGACAGGCAUCAGCCAGCCCCGCCAGGAAUCGACCCUAA